AUGAGCGACACUUCCUAUGAGCCCGAUGACGCCGAGUCCGAGUCCGACUUUGAAUCGCGCGCUUCCGACAGACGCUCCCCAACACCCGAACAGACUAUAAAUGGAAUAGCACAAAACCAAUACGAUGAAACGACUUUUGAUGAUAUCUCCGAGGAAGUUGAACGGGGACUCGGCGAGGUGCUUGGGUCGCGCGCCCCGCUAACAGGCGCAUCGCUCCAUCUACUCGGUCCCUACAACAAGCUCCUUACGGAGAUUAAGAACAGUCUCGACUAUGCUUCGAUCAAGGAGGAUGAGGAGGUCUUUGACGUUAGUCAGCUUGGGUCCGUGAUCUGGACAUCUACGGAAAAGGAGAUCUUCUUUAAUGGCCUCGACCGGAAAGGCAGAGGAGGCAUCCGAGAGCUCGCCGCUGCAAUCGGGACCAAAUCCGAGCUGGAGGUUCUGGAAUACAUUCGGAUCUUGCAUCAGAAAUUGGAAGCUCACAAUUCAUCCGAUCGACAAUCCAGAGCAGCCAUUCUUGGUGAAUUUCCUUCUGCUGCGCAGAUCAGCCAGAGAUCCACCGCGCUACUUGAUGAAUACGCGGAUGUCAUGGUUCUCAGGGAGUCUCUCACUGAAGCUGCAGCCGGAAGGUUGCAACAUGGAGACAACUGGAUCAUCACUGAAUCCCAUGCCCGGGAGCUAGUCGAGGACGAGGACAGCACAAUUCGAGGCGAUCUACGCCUAGCAGCCGAUAUGUUCCACCUCCGAGAUUGGAUCCGGAUGUCUCGUAAUCUGCUCAUGAACUACGGCGGUUCAAAGUCAGAGGAUAAUUGGUUCGCUCUUUCCGUGUCCCCCACAAAUGUCACGGCUCGAAACCAAAUGCCGUCUAUGACUGCAGGAAGUGCCAUUGACUUCUACGCUCUUACAGUCAGUGUCACACGCCGCCUGGUCCAGUCAUCCCUCUUCUUUGCCAUGUCCCGUUUGCGAACGAUGAGCCGUCGUGGUCGUGAUAGAGCAAGUGCUGUCCGAACGCAAGACGUCCGCGCUGCCAUCGAAGUGCUAAACAUGAAACACAAAACACCCAGCUUCGUGGAAAUCGCUCGUCAGAAUCAAUUGGUCAUUGUAGACGAUCAUCAUCGAAGAGGCUUCGUGCCCGAAACGUUCACCUACGAGGAGGCGGAGAAGAGCCUCACAGACAAGGAUUAUUUCCAGCGCCGGAGACACAAAAAAGCACUAGAGAAUGGCGAGAACGACAAAGACGAUGACGGCCAGAAUAGAAACAGCGAAUACGACAGCGGUGAAGAUGACAGCGGUGAAGACGACUACGACGAGCAUGACGACGAUGAAAUGGAAGAAGACGACCAAGAUCUCCAUCUAGAUCGCAUACCCAGCCAAGAAACCAACGAACCCGUACAUCCCCCCUCACCAAAAUCAUACCACGAACACGAACCAGCCCUAGACCCAGAAGAAGAGCACGCAGAAAUGGUAGACACAAGCCACGACCGUCACGAAGAAGCUCACAUCCUACAACUAAUGGAACAACCCAUCCCAUCACAUCUAUCCGAACCAAUCAAAGCAGAGGACGCCGAGGACAAAGCAUCCAAACAAAUCCCCGAACGACGGACCAGAGACGAAAUCAUUGACUGGCGGGCUCGGACUCUCUACCGCAGUGAUUGGGAGGAAUAUGGAUAUGAUUAUCCCGAUGUGGAUGCGGAAAUGGAAAUGCAUCCGCGGAAGAGGGCGAGGUUUAAUGAACCCCCGUCUCCGUCUCCACUUGACGGGGAUAUGGUUAUUGAUGAUAGUUCUUCCGCUGCUGGUGGAAAUGAAUCUACAGGCGAGCAGGUACCAGAGAGUUGGCUCGACAUUUAUCGUACGCAAUAUGGACAACCACAAGCUCUUGAUCAGAACCCCGUCGGGGCGGAUUGA